AUGAGCGUAUGGGUUAUCGCAAUAGGGUACUUUGUCCACAUCCUGCCUACUAAAGCCAUCAUUGUUGAGCCAUUUCUAGCUGUGUUCGGCGGAGAAUAUGUGUUUCAGUCAAUAAUCUUUACAUUGACAUCGGCGCUGGCUGGUGCCUAUGAUCAACGAGCACCCUUCUUCUCAUACAUCAGCUCAACAUCAUGCGUCGUAUCGUUCAUGAGCCCCAUAAUAGCUUCAGCUACAAUGAGCUGGAACAUAUUGCUGCCUUUCUGGAUCAACAUAGGUCUUCUGGCUUUCGCAAUACCUACGAUUGUGAUGCUGCCUGAGACAACGAAGUCAACCCUCAUCGGCUCUUCAUCGUUGGUAUACAAGCGCUUCAACAGUGACGAUCUCGAAGAAGGACCACUCCUCGCAAAGAGUGAGGGCAGUUCAAGUCGCUACGCCAAUGUUCUUCUGUGCUCGUUCUUCCUUGCCACACUUGCGAGCUCGGAUACGAAGCUCCAUGUGCAGUACAUCUCGAAACGAUACGAGUGGAUGUUUACUCAGGCCAGCUUCAUACUGUCAGCAAAAGCAAUCAUCAACUUCACACUACUUGCAAUCGUCGUCCCGCGCCUCAUCGACAAGUCAGUGUCCACGAGAGCCGUCCACGGCUCUGAAGUCCGGCUUGACUAUCUUGGCGCAGAAGCAAGCAUUCUAAUCUCGGUCAUUAGCGUGUUGUGCGUAGCACUGGUAUUCAAGUUCUUGAUGCAGUUGGCCGCUCUGAUGAUUUAUGCCCUUGGCUCGGCUUUGCCAGUUUUCACCAUGUCGCUCGUGAAGUCCCAACUUAUAGCGCUUGCUGACUCUGACACGCAGGACUUCAGCAUCGUCAUGUUGACCAAGACACUCAACUCGCUUGCCAUCGGGUUUGGAGGUGUAGGUCUGGGUCUACCAUACUUCACAUCCGCUGUCACACACAUCUCCGCCGCAAUCGUGGUAGCACGUUUCGACGGCAAAGGUCUCAACCCACUUCUACUCAAACCCCAGCGUCGACUGUUUCGACAAACACCAUGGCGAGCAAUCAUGGGGGCGUCAUAA